AUGCAUUAUCCUUCGCUCGUUAUCACGGCUCUGGCCUUCUCCAGCCGGGCUGUUGCUCUCAACUUUACCUCAACUAGCCCUGCAGACGUCGCCGCUGCCCAAGCCGGUGCUCUGACACUCAGCCCGACCAGUCAUGUCAAGGGCAAGGUAUUUGAUCGUUUCGUUGUCAUCUGGUUGGAGAACACCGACUACGACAAGGCCGCCGGUGAUCCUAACCUUGCCUGGCUGGCGAAGAAGGGUAUCACAUUGAGCAACUACUUUGGUGUCACUCAUCCUAGCGAGCCCAAUUAUGUAGCCGCUAUCGGUGGUGACAACUUUGGCAUGGACAACGACAACUUCAACCAGAUCCCUGGCAAUGUUUCGUCUCUCAUCGAUCUUCUAGAAGAUAAAGGUGUAUCAUGGGGCCAGUAUCAAGAAGAUAUGCCUUACUCUGGUUUCGAGGGCAUGGCUUGGGUCAAUCAAAAGACAAAGGCGAACGAUUAUGUGCGCAAGCAUAACCCGGCCGUUAUUUAUAACUCAAACACAACGCCAGAGCGACUGGCCAAGAACAAGAACUUAACACAGUUUUACAGCGACCUUGAGGCCAAGAAAUUGCCUCAGUGGAUGUUCAUUACGCCAAACAUGACAUCAGAUGGACACGAUACUAGUGUUACCACGGCUGGCACCUGGACACGUAACUUCUUGGAGCCUCUGCUCGAUGACAAGCGCUUCAUGAAGGACACCCUGGUUCUGGUCACUUUCGAUGAGUCUCACACCUACACUCUCCAAAACCGUGUCUUUAGUAUCCUUCUCGGUGAUGCAGUUCCCAAGAAACUGAUCAACACUGUUGACUCGGGCUUCUACAACCACUACUCUGAGAUCAGCACCGUCGAGGCAAACUGGGACUUGCACACUCUUGGUCGUUGGGACGUCGGUGCCAACAUCUUCGAUUUUGUUGCUCAAAAGACAGGCGACAAGAAUGCAGUGUGGGAUGCUGCAACUGGUACUAACCCUACCCACUUCUUCAACUCCUCAUUCGCUGGUCUUUUCAGCUCGAAAGAUGUUGUCACCACUCUUCCUCCUCCCAACGCCAAGCUUGUCAGAAACGGACGCAAGGUACUUGGCAGUAUCGCUCGUACUUGGGGCGACGCUUCGCUGCAGAACCAGACUUACUACCAGAACACUGUCCAGAUUCCUGAUGGUAUGUACCCUCCCAAGGGUUGGUAA